AUGGCUUCCUCUUCAACCUCCUCUCCGACCCUCACCCGAACCGAGACUCUGAGCCUGGGAGCCCUCUCCUUUGCCGCAGUCGCAGUCCUCCUCAAUGCCUUCCAGGGCGAGGGCGAGCCCCUGAUAGCGUCACUGGCACUCUCAGUCCUGGCCUUUGCGCUGGCCUACUCCAUGAUCCGAUGGCUUGGCCCGGUCUUUAAACAGGCCGGCUUCAAGGGUCGCGACCUCUCAAAGCACCACCGCCCUGAGCUGCCCGAGUGCAUGGGUGCCGUCUGCGCUGCCGUCUACCUACUCGUCGUCAUCGUCUUCAUCCCCUUCCCCUUCUACAAGGACAUUGUUGCCGCCACUAGCGGUGGUGGAAACAGGGACGUUGUAUUCCAGGUCGAGCAUCUCGCCUCCUACCUUUCCGCAAUCAUCUCCCUCCAGACGACCGCCCUCCUAGGCAUCGGCGACGACCUCUUCGACAUCCGAUGGCGACACAAGUGGUGGAUCCCAGGCCUGGCCUCGGUCCCCAUCCUCGUAAUCUACUUUGUCGACUUUGGCGUCACCUCCAUCGUCAUCCCGAUCCCCCUCCAGCCCUACCUCGGCGAGCUCUUCGACCUCGGCGUCCUCUACUACAUCUACAUGUCCUGCAUCGCAAUGUUCUGCCCUCAGUCCAUCAACAUGCUCGCAGGCAUCAACGGCAUCGAGGUCUCCCAGUGCAUCGUCGUCUCCCUCCUCCUCGUCCUGAACGACUGCCUCUACCUCUUCACGCCCUACCCCCACCCGGCCACCGACUCCCACCUCUUCUCCCUCUACCUCCUCCUCCCCUGGCUCGGCGUCUCCUUCGCCCUCGUCCUGCACAACUGGUACCCCGCCAAGGUCUUCGUCGGCGACACCUACUGCUACUUCUCCGGCAUGGUCUUCGCCACCGUCGGCAUCCUCGGCCACUUCUCAAAGACGCUCGGCCUCCUCCUCGUCCCCCAGCUCUUCAACUUCCUCUACUCGACGCCCCAAAUCUUUGGCCUCAUCCCCUGCCCUCGUCACCGCUUGCCCCGAUUCAACGCUCGCACCGGCCUCCUCGAGACGAGUAAGACGCCUUGGAGCCCCGAACGCCAACCCCGGCCCCUCGUCGCGCAAGGACUGCACCUGCUCGCCAAGUUGCGCCUUCUGGAAGUUACAGUGGACGAAAAGGGCCGCUUUGUGGAGACGAGCAACUUCACCCUGCUCAACCUGUGGCUCGUCUGGAGAGGUCCCCUGAGAGAGGACCGCCUCGCGUGGGAGGUCACCUUCCUCCAGCUCUUUGUCGGCCUGUUUGGCCUCUUUGUUCGCCAUCGCCUCGCUCUGCUCAUCUUUAAGGAGGAUAACUGGGGUAUGACGACCAAGAGAUACUGA